AUGCCUCAGAAUUUGAUGCGCGUGCCAUUUUUCACCUUCCCCAAGCCGAUUUUGGCUACCACUGUCCUGAUCACAAUCCCGAUUGAGAACAGUAGCCUCUUCAACUAUUUCUUUGCUGCCAUCAAUCCCACGUUUCACCUCAACCCUAACCUCAAAAUCAAUCGGCACAACACCGCGACCGUUCGACGCCACCACAAAUUCGAGCCAACAGCCAUGGCCUCGAAGACUGCCCUCAUCGUUGGCAAGUGCGCGAAACAAGGCAUCGGCCUCGAGCUCGGCAAGAAACUCAAAGCUCGUGGCUACGACGGCCCAUUCCUCACCAUCAAGCACUUCUACCCUGCCCUGAAACAGAGCCAUCAAGGAAGAAUCAUCAACAUCUCGUCCAACAUGGCUUCUAUGUCGUCUUUGACCGAUAAUCGUCGGGGCACAUCUCUAGGUUAUCGCCUCUCCAAGACAGCCCUCAACCAACUGACGGUAACACUGGGCAGAGAGUUCCAGUCCCACCAAAGCAACGUCACAGUCAACGCUAUUCAUCCUGGCUGGAUUCCAACUGCGAUGUCAGACUGGACUGGGCCCGACGACAUGGACACCCAGACUGGCCUCAUGAUCGAGACUAUUGAAGCGUUUGGCGCCGAGGACACAGGAAAAUAUGUCAAUGCACAGGGUGAGGACAUGCCAUGGUAG